UACAAGUGAAGUGCAAGAAGUGAAAAGAAACUUUAAAGUAACAAAGAUAUAUAUAAAACUAAACAACAAAGAAAUGCCGAAUGUUGCUGCCUUAAAGCUGGGGCCCAGUUUUCCCUUUAAUCAAAUGUCCUGGCCACCGAGCGGCCUCCAGGUGCUGGACCAUUUGGCGCUGCAACAACAAAUCAAUGCAAAUUUCAUCUUACACGCGAUUACCAACUAUAAGAAAUCACCGUUCGAGCGCAAGACUCUGGACUUUAUUGACAAAAAGUGGCUGGCACUGCUUGGGCUGUGGCGCGAGUUCCGGUGCCGGGACAGGCAAAUACGACGUGACUACAUGAAUGUCGAGCCGCAGCACGGAUACUUUCAGCAGGAGCUGUACGCGCUCAUUCAUGAGAAAUAUAUGGCGGCUCGCAGUCGCAUGAGUCGCGACAAAAGAAACCUGCUCAAGUGCAAAGCUUCCCAGGCGUAGCAUGUUUACCGAGGCCAAGGAGCGGAAGUGGAGGAACAACAGAACAGCCAACAGAGAGUGAGAACAUGCCAAGGAUAUGACCACAAGAUAUCCUGGUUUAAAUUACGUGGCGGUAUUUUAAAUUGUGAUCUAGCGUUGCGUCUAUAGCUUG